GCUUUGUUCUUAUCAGUUUCGGUGGUUUCGAUUUCACCAGUUGUAGAUUUCAUAGGAGCUAUUUGGAAUUCGCGAGGAUUUCGUAGCAUUUCAAUGCCUUUAUUGUCGAUUCGAUGGGACCAAAACCUAGGAUGAAAAAAGAUAAACCAGAAUGAAAAUAUUGUGGAUUUAAGUUGUUUCUUUUGAUUUUUCGUACAUUUCUGACCUCAUUUUGCACGUGGACAUGUUUUUUCCUCAAAACCCUAGAAUCUUCAUGUUUCCCCUUCUUUUCCUCACGAUUCGUGUGCAGGUGAAUGUUGGUCCAUGUUGUCGCCUAUCUCCUUUUAAUUUCACUUCUUUUGUGGAGCGAAAGUGGCUUUUUAAGAAAUGCAUCCUGGCAGAAGACAAACAGCCAAAUUUAUUGAAUUAUGGUGUUUUUAACAAAAAAAUUGCUAUAGCGCACAUGAUCCUCCAUAGCUCAGUGCGACUUCUUUGCUUAUCCCAUGUCUUCGCCUAAUUCUUGUUUUGGGACAAUCACCCUCGUUAUGGUGUUUGUGACCAGAGUAUUGUGGCGUGAUCUGCUGUACCUUCCAAUGAAUUUGGAGUAGGAGCUAAUUUUGUGAUCCAUUGUUUGGUUCUCGUCUCUUCGGAUUUUCCUCUGACCAUUCUAAAUGAAUUUUUCACUAGAAUGUUUCAUUCUCGGUUUUUUUUUUAUUUCUUUUGGUUUAGUUUUGCUUAAUGUGUAAAUUUUGCUAACUAGUCCGGGAGUCUUUUUGUGGCAGAUUUGUGGUUAUGGGGCUGUUGCUACAAAAUAGGUCGAUUCUGAUGAAUUCAUCAAUGCCGAGGCAGUAAAAUGGAUAUAUGUGAUUUUAAGCUCCUGGAAGCUACGGCAAGGCAGAAUACAGUUCGGACAGAAGAGAAUUACAGGCGGUUGUUGCUUCCUUCCGAGAGGAACAAUGCUGUCUCUGCCACUCGCAGGCCCCGGAGUGUUGCUUCUCGGUACAAGUCUGGGAUGUCAUCUACUCCAGUUUCAACCCCAAGUUCACCAAGACGAUAUCCCUCGCCAAAUGCUGGACACACAUCCCUUGCAACUGGAUUGUCACUACCUAAGAGAUCCCAAUCUGCUGAGAGGCGAAGACCAACUACCCCUUCAUCGAGAUUUUCUGCAUCCCCAUCCCCAUCGAGGCCUUCUACACCUGCUUCCCCGUCUUCCAGAUCAACAACUCCAGUACGUGAUAGGGGGACAGAAAUGUGUAGUACCCCACAACGCUUAUUCAGCAACAGGGCUCCCAAUGGCUUGUGGCCUUCGAUCCGGAGCCCGUCUUCUUCAUUCCAGUCAGAAUCUGUUGUAAUUCCUGUUAGUAAAAGAGAAAAGUUGGUUGUGAAUUCCUUAGAGAGAGCAAAUAAGUCUCCGGGCAAUGUGGCGCCUGAGCGUAAGAGGACUCCUCUCAGAGGAAGGAAUUCAUCUGAUCAAUCCGAGAAUUCUAAACCACUAGAAACCUCGAAUGCAAAGGUCAUGGAUCAACAUCGCUGGCCUGGCAUGCUGGGUGGGAGGUUGUCCACAAAUGCAUUGUCAAGAAGUGUGGAUCUCUCUGAUAAGCUUGGUAGAUCUAUUUUGACAGUUGCAUCACAAGGGGACUCUCCAAAGAGAACAAAUCCCUCACCUAACAGUGCAACCAGAGUUACCCAGCUAUCACUUAGUGAGAUGGCUGAACGGUUAUCUAAUGUUGGAGAUGGAAUAUUGGAGAGGGAUACAAAAUCGGUUGUCAAUCUUUCCUCACCAACUUCUGUGAGACACUCAUCUGUUGUAACACGGUCAAGUAAGACUCAGUCAUUACUUAUUCCAGGUUCCCGUCGCCCUUCAUCACCAAGUAAGGUUUUGUCAACACCAUCAUCUACUGCAAGGGGUAUGUUGAGUCCUGUGAGAUCAAGACCAUCUACUCCGAUCUUGCUGUCAAGCAAUCUUCCUAGUAGAGUGGGUGGGACACCAUCUGUCCUUAACUACAGUGUUGAUUUGCGAAAAGGAAAGAAGAAUUCCAAUCAUGUAGAAGAGGCUCAUCAGCUGAGACUGCUUUAUAAUGCAAAUUUACAGUGGCGCUUUGUCAAUGCCCAAGCAGUUAAGACACUAUCAAAUCAGAAAAUGAGUGCAGAGAAUCUUGUUUACGGUGUGUGGAAUAAUAUUUCGAAGUUUCUUGAUCCUGUCAUCAUGAAUAGGAUUGAUCUGCAGCACUUAGAGCUAGAGAUGAAGCUGGGCAUGAUUUUGAAAGAACAGAUGGCUUACCUUGAACAUUGGGUGGCAUUAGAAAGUGAACAUUAUAGCUCUUUGUCUGGGUUAGUGGAAGCUCUAAAUGCAAGUACCAUACGACUUCCUAUUAAAGAAGGGGCAAAGGUGGAUGUACUUGCCGUGAAAAAUGCUAUUGGUUCAGCAGUUGAUAUUAUGCAAGCGAUGAGCUCUUCCAUUUGUCAUUUACUCUCUAAGGUUGAGGGUACAAAGUCUUUGGUCUCUGAGCUUUCAUGUAUUGCAGCAAAUGAAAAAUACAUGCUUGAUGAGUGCAGAGAAUUAUUAGAUGUAGCAGCAUCAAUGCAGGUAAAGGAGUCCAGCCUUAGAACACACAUCAUUCAAAUUGGACAAGAUGCUCGUGAGCUAGUUUAGCCAAGCGACAAUUCAGUAGCCAUUGGACGAUAAGAGCUCAUGGAGGCAUAACAACUUCGGACUGGAAGAGAGAACACUCGUUUAGCUUGGUUAGUCUUUUUGGGAGAUUCACACUUACACCAUUUUCUUUUUCCUUUCCUUUAUUAUUAUUAUUAUUGUUAUUAUUAUUAUUAUUAUUA